AUGUCGAAUCUCUUCUCCACUUCUUCGGCCACUGAUCAAAAUAAUUUGUUAGAUGAAGUGGACCUUGCUAGCAGAAACGAUUCAACACGCAGAGGGAGUGAAGCCCAGGUAUCUACAGACGAUGAGCAAACAACCACGAGUCCCGCAAUCGUCUCCACAUCCCCUGAGGUGACUUCUUAUUCGUGUGCAAACUGUGGAAAUCCUGCGAGCUUCUUGUGUAAAGCUUGUGAGCAAGCUGGUCCGAGAUAUUGCUCACCAAAAUGUCAAAAUGAAGAUUGGACGAAAGGUCACUCGUCGGUUUGCGUGGGAACACACGUGAGGACUUUUCAAGAAGGAUCCGACGCUGAGGGAAGUUCAAGCGCGGUCCGAAGAGCAAAUAAUAAAAUUUACGGUCGCGGCAAUAUUGCGCAGAUAAUCAAUAAUAAAACUAAACGGAUGAGUCGGGAUGGACCUGGAUCUCAAGGGACACAACAGUCAACCGACCAACAACCUCCAACGUUUGAUGCCGAUCAAGCUAAUGAAUUCCGAUUUUACAUGCAACAAGUUUAUAGAAUUAUCAAACCUGUUGUUUUCUGCAUAGUGCUAUCCAUACUUUGGGUAAAAGUGUCAUUGAGAGCUCCAGAAUUUAGUCCCAGAUCAGGAGAUAGUUUAAUCAACUCCUCGAACAAUUCCAAUUCGUCAGCACAAUUCUUCAAUUCCUUUGUCACAGCAGGCAUUCUUAUAUUACAGAUAAUCGUGGUCACCAUCAUCAUCGUCUGCUUGUUUAAACAUGGGUGCAUUAAAAAAUGUAUAGAUCCUCAUAGGAUUCUUCAUGUUUGUGGUGCUCUUGCUUCUCGGGUAUAUGGGAUACCUUCUCAUUUUGUACGUUGCGCUUCACGUCUUCUGAGUAUCACAACCGUUUUAUCCAUACCUUUGGAUUAUAUUACCCUCACUUUCUCAUUAUGGAAUUUUGCUACCGUGGGAUUGAUAUCUGUUUUCUGGAAGGGUCCACUUUUAUUACAGCAAAUUUAUCUCACCGUGAUGUCGAGUUUAAUGGCCUUUUCCUUGACUGGCCUUUCACCUUGGACUACGUGGAUUCUCUUAGGCUUGCUCGCUGUUUGGGAUCUGAUCGCCGUAUUAUGUCCAUUUGGACCCUUGCGCAUUUUGGUUGAAUCUUCGCGCGAGGAUCAACGCGAAAUUCCCGCAUUAUUAUACUCGGUGAAUGCGGUCUGGCUUAUGGCUUCACCAAGUAUCUCAAGUCAAAUAAGCAAUGGAGAACCAACCGCUUCAUUAUUAAACACACGAGCAAACACAAGAUCUUCAUUCGCGUCAUUACGUCAAUCAUUAGCAUUUAAAACAAGGGAGACUUCGUCCGGCUACGUUGGAGAAGAGAUACCCUUGUCAGAGAAUGUUAGACAUACCCAUUUUAAUCCAACUAGCAACCUUGAAGCAGAGGAUGAAGGCGGAACUGGUAAUAGUAGCCAUGAUGCUGACACAAGUGUUAUACCACCCAAAAGGAAUCAAUCGUCAGGCUACCAACGUCAAAUUGAUGAUGAUCAUCCCCAGGAUGACGGGGGCUCAGUAGAUGAAGAGGAAGAGGAAAGGAAUGGAUUGAAGCUGGGAUUAGGAGACUUUGUGUUUUACAGUGUUUUGGUUGCGCGAGCUGCCAUGUUUGAUUGGAUAACGACUGUUGCGUGUGUUGUCGCUGUUCUCACGGGUUUGAACACGACAAUAUUUUUACUUGUAAUUUACAAAAAGGCCCUUCCCGCAUUACCCAUCUCAAUCGCUUUCGGGAUGUUAUUCUAUUUUCUGUCACGUUGGAUGUUGGCACCUUACAUGCAAUUUCUUGGGCUCUCUUUAGUUAGCGUCUGA